UAAAGCCGGGCGGAGCUCCCCGGCUGCCGGGAGACGCGACGGUGAAUGCGGUGCCACCACGAUGCCCCUGUCUCAGAGCAAGGCCGGGCAGGUGCCCUGCAACAGCAAGGUCUGCAGGAACCUCUUUGGCCCCGUGGACCACCAGCAGCUGCAGCACGACCUGGAGAUCCUGUUGAAGCAGAACCUGGAGGAAGCUCAGCAGCGCUGGAACUUUGACUUUGAGACUGAGACUCCCUUGGAAGGACACUUCGAGUGGGAAAGGGUCUUCCUGCCCCAGGAGCUGCCCCAGGAGGUCCACAGCAUGGUCAGGGCCACCAGCAGCAAGAGCAGGAGCUCCUUGGUGUCCUCCAGUGAGCACCUCAGCAGGGUUUGCCCUGAGGGAUCCCAGCAGAGCUCGGGGGGUUACAGGGCUGGUGCCCCACGGAGCUUGAAGCGCGGGCAGGCCACCAUCAAGGACUUCUACAGCUCCAAGCGAAGGAUCACGCCUGAGAAGCCCAAGCCAUGACAUGGUGCUCGGCUCCUCUGCCAUCGGGGACAGCUGCUGAUGUUCCCUGGGGGUGUCCGUGGCUCUUUCCCCCCACUCUGUACUGUGUAAGCUGUCUAUGAAGCAAUGUAGAGUCUGUAGUUCCCUAUUUAUGAGUAGUCUGGGGUCCUGAGGGACCUCUAUUGUGUGCAAUGUAUGAGUAGCCCAUGUUGUGGCUUGUAGCCGCAACAGAGGGGAUGGAGGAGAACUGAAGGGGGCUGGAUGGCACUAAGGCAUUACCCUGCCUGCAGAGAAGAAAGUGUAUCCUUUGCCCAGUGCUGGUGGGACCAAGCAUCAUCAUUGCACCAUCCUCCUGUCCAGCCGUGGUCCUUCUCCUGCCUGAUGGCUGGUUAUGGGGGACACCAAGAAAGGGUCCCUGAUGUAGAUUGCAGAGCUCUGGGACAGCCUGGCCAGGGGACACCCCAGUUGCUGGCACAUGGUGGUGACCCUCUUCCCGGCAGGAAGGACCCAGCAGUGUCAAGCCCUUGUCCAUGUGUGUAAGUGUGAUGUAGGGGUUGCCUGGGAGAGGAAAUGCUGUUCCCUGGACAGCCCUUCCUUGGGGUGACUCACUGGUGGUGUCACCCAUCAGACAGGCUGCAGAGGAUGACAGCUGCUGGAGAUCCCCAGUGCUGUGCUCAUUGCAGGACCAACGCUGCUUGGGGGAGGCUUUGGGGUCCCCUGGAUGCUGCUGACCCAAGCCUCCCCUUCCUGCCCUUGGCUUGUUGAGUGGUGCUGCUUGCCCUUGUGUUCCUGCCUCUUUCAACACUGACACUGCGCUGGGGAGCUCCUGUUCCUGCUGUUGGCUUGCUCUGGGAUGGAGUCCUGCUCCCCAGCAGGGAUGAUACUGAGAGAAGAAAUUGAGAAAUUGUAGCUUUUUUUGCCUAUUUUCCUGGACUUUUUUCCUCUUUUGGGGCUGGGGUUGGGGGAAGCCCCUCACCUGCCUCUGCAGAAUGAGCGGCUUCCAGCACCUCUGGGACCAAGGGAUGUCCUGGGGCGAGGGCUGCUCUGUUCCAGUGCCGAAGGGUCAGUCCCUGUUCUUGAGGGACUCGACACUGUCAGGUCUCAGCACUUUCAUAGGGUUCAUCUCCUGCUCUGCUGGAUUUGGGCUCUGGAAACUGGUGCAAGAUGGUUCCAGGUAGAAAAGGGUGAACCUCCCUCCUUGCACCACGAUGCACUUUGCUGUCAGUGAAGCUGGUGAGCUCCCAGCACUAAUGUUUAUUUAUAUAAAAAAGGCUAUUAACUAUGUGGGGGGAAGGGAAAAAAAUACCUGUUUGAUUCCAAAUGUUAACUCUGAAUAAACGCUCAUCUCGUGUA